AUGGAGCAAUCAAAAAGAGUUUCCAUGAUGAGGGAAAAGUUUGAAGCACAAUCAAAUGAAGCAGAAUCAUCGCCCCCACCAAAUAGAAAACCACCACCACCAAAUAAAAGGGUACAAACCAAUGGUACCAGUUCAUUAAAUUCAUCAGGAAGUUCAUUUGUAUCACCAUCACCAUCACCAUCACCAUCACCACAACAACCAGUCAAAAGACCAUUACCAUCACCAGGUGUAAAUAAACAAGCCCCACCAGCAUUACCAACACAACCAAGACCACAACAACAACAACCAGAAAUACCAGUUAGACCAACAACACCAACUCGUACACCACCAAAUUUAAUAAAUAGCAAUGGAACAAGUGGUGGUAGUGGGUUUAGCAGCAGCAGUGGAAAUAGUGGAUAUAGUAGUAGUAAUAAUAAUAAUAGCAAUAGCAAUAGUUCAAUAAAUAUGAAUGGAAAUCAUUCAAAUGGAUUAAAUGGUGGAAGUUCAAAUCCAGUACCAAUGAGAAAAGUUAGUUCACCAAUAAAUAUAGCAAAUGGUACAACACCACCACCACCACCACAACCAACACCAUCACAACAACCACAACAAUCACCAUCAUCAGCUUCACAUAAUAAUACACAACACAAUAUACCAUCACCACCACCAUUACCAAAUAAUAAACCAAAGAAAUUAGCACCAACAGCUGUCCCAGCAGGACUUGGCAGUAUCAUUGGUGGUCCAAAAACUCCAGCUAUCAGUCCUGGAUCAACCUCACCAUCACUUGGUUCAUCAAAUGGUAACAUACCAAUUUCAACUACAUCCACACCAAUUACACCAACCCCACCAAUUUCUGUUCCAUUAGCAACCUCACCAAAUAAUUCACAUAAAGAUAGUAUUUCAAAUAGUAAUAGUAAUAAUAAUAAUAAUAAUAAUAAUAAUAAUAAUAAUAAUAGUUCAAAUGCAACUACAUCACCACCAUCCCCACCUGUUAGCAACGUUGGUAAUAAACAAGAUGAAGAGAAAAAAGGAUUUCUAUCAAUUUUCACUAAUAAGAAAAAGAACAAAGAUAAAAAGAAAGAAUUUUCAGUUGGAUCACCAUUUAAUGUUAAACAUAAUAUUCAUGUAAAUUAUCAUAGUGUUACUGGUUUUGAAGGUUUACCAAAAGAAUGGGAAGUUAUAUUACAAUCAUCUGGUAUUACCAGAGAGGAUGUUGUUGAACAUUCAGAGGUAGUUAUUGAUGUUUUAGAUUUCCAUAUGCAACAACAACAACAACAAGCUCAACAAGAACAACAAGCAUUAAUGCAAAAACAAAUGCAACAAUCUGGUAUACCUGCACAUAUGUUAAAUAAUCCAAAACCACCAACUAUACCAAUUCGUGAUGCAAAUAAACAACCACAUAAUCAACUUCAACCAACUCCACAUCAACCACCACAACACCACCAUCAACAACAACCACCACAACAACAUCAUCAUCAACAACAACAACAACAACAUAAUAAUAAUAAUAAUAAUAAUAAUAAUAAUAAUAAUAAUAAUAAUAAUCAACAAUCAGCACAACAACAAUCAGCAGGUAUUUUAUCACAACAACAAGAACAACAACUCGAAGAAAUGAUGUGUGGUGGUGCCUAUGAUGAUGAACAAUACGACUUGAACAAUCAACCAUUACCAGAUGAAACCAAUGUAUCAUUAUACGAUUUAGUAAGCCAAGAGGAUCCAACCAAAUUAUUUGGUGAAGGUUCCACUAAAAUUGGUGAAGGUGCAGCUGGUGAAGUAUUUGUUGUCACUCAAUUAAAGACAAACAACAAGGUUGCCAUCAAAAAGAUGCCAUUGAAUCAACAAAAUAUGAAAUUGAUAGUCACUGAAAUUGGUAUUAUGAAAUCUUGUAGACAUCAAAAUAUCAUUGAUUAUAUCGACAGUUAUUUAGUUGGUGACUCACUUUGGGUCGCUAUGGAAUUUAUGGGUGGUGGUUGUUUAACUGAAAUUUUAGAACAAUUUAAUUCUGUCAAAUUAGUUGAAGCUCAAAUUGCUUAUGUUUGUGCUGAAACAUUAAAAGGUCUUGCAUAUAUUCAUAGUCAACAUAGAAUUCAUAGAGAUAUUAAGAGUGAUAAUAUUUUAUUAGGUUCAGAUGGUAGUGUUAAAUUGGCAGAUUUUGGUUAUGCUGCGCAAUUAACAAAAUCCAAACAAAAGAGAGUUACAAUCGUAGGUACACCAUAUUGGAUGGCACCAGAGUUAAUUAGAGGUCAAAACUAUGAUAGAAAAGUUGAUAUUUGGAGUUUGGGUAUUAUGGCUAUGGAAAUGGCAGAAUCUGAACCACCAUAUAUGUCAUUCCCACCACUUCGUGCUCUCUUUUUAAUUACCACCAAAGGUAUACCCGACUUAAAAGAUCAAAACAAAUGGUCAGAUGACUUUAAAGAUUUUGUAAAGAAAUGUUUAGAUAAAGAUGUAGAAAAUAGACCUGAAGCAAAAGUUUUAUUAAAUCAUCCUUUCUUAAAGACUGCCUGUAAUAGUAAUGGUUUAGUACCAGCAAUAAUGGAAGCUAAAAAAGCUAAAGAAGCUCAUAGUAAAUUUUCAAUUCAUUAA